AUGUUCUGCCGUACUGAUCAGCAGAUUAUCUGUUAUUCUUGCCCUGUGGAUGAACAUAAAGGACACGACACAGUCUCAGCUGCAGUAGAAAGGACUGAGAAGCAGAGAGAGCUCGAGGUGAGUCGACAAAACAUCCAGCAGAGAAUCCAGGACAGAGAGACAGAUGUGAAGCUGCUUCAACAGAAGCUAGAGGCUGUCAGUCUCUCUGCUGAUAAAGCAGUGGAGGACAGUGAGAAGAUCUUCACUGAGCUGAUCCGUCUCAUCCAGAAAAGAAGCUCUGAUGUGAAGCAGCAGAUCAGAUCCCAGCAGGAAACUGAAGUGAGUCGAGUCAAAGUGAAUAUGAAGAAGCUGGAGCAGGAGAUCACUCAGCUGAAGAGGAAAGACGCUGGGCUGAAGAAGCUCUCACACACAGAGGAUCACGUCCAGUUUCUACACAACUACCCCUCACUGUCAAAACUCAGUGCAUCUACAAACUCAUCCAGCAUCAAUAUCCGUCCUCUGAGAUACUUUGAGGAUGUGACAGCAGCUGUGUCAGAGCUCAGAGAUGAACUACAAGAAAUCCUGAGGGAGAGAUGGACAAAAACCUCACGGACAGGGACUGAAGUGGAAGUUUUACUACCACAACUAGAACCCAAGACCAGAGCUGGAUUCUUAAGAUAUUCACGUGAAAUCACUCUGGAUCCAAACACAGCAAACCCACUGCUGUUAUUAUCUGAGGGGAACAGAAAAGCAGAAGCAAUGCAAAAACAACAGCCUUAUUCUAGUCACCCAGACAGAUUCACUAAUUGGUGUCAGGUCCUGAGUAGCGAGAGCCUGACUGGACGUUGUUACUGGGAGGUGGAGUGGAGAGGUGGAGGAGUUCGUGUAGCAGUCGCAUACAAGGAUAUCAGCAGAGACGGAGGCUCAAAUGAAUGUGGAUUUGGAUUCAAUGACAAAUCUUGCGCUUUAUAUUGUGACAAUAAGAGUUAUCACUUUUUGUUCAACAACAUCAAAACUCCCGUCUUAGGUCCUUGUUCCUCCAGAGUAGGAGUGCACCUGGAUCACAGAGCAGGUAUUCUGUCCUUCUACAGCGUCUCUGAAACCAUGACUCUCCUCCACAGAAUCAAGACCAAAUUCACUCGGCCUCUCCAUGUUGGAAUUUGUCUUUGUUAUUAUUCUUCUGGAGACUCUGCUGAGUUCUGUAAACUCAAAUAGACAGAAGUCAUUUCAGACUUCAUGUGUCAGAUUCUGUGUUCUGAGAGCUUGUUGCUGUGGUGUUUCUGAACUGUACAGAGAUCAGUUGUCAAUCAUAAUGGGAUUGUCAACACUUUAUUUUCUGUUGUUGUGUUGAUGUUCUUUAAAUGUCACUUUUUCCUGUGUUUUUAUCCAUGGAGGCUAUCGCUGCUAAUGAUGACGUCUUUUACCUUCACUGAUGUUUCUUCAGAUGAAAAUAUAAACUUCUCUUUGUUCUAAAUGUUAGUUUCAUGUUUGUAUUGAUGUGUUUGUAUGCUGUUGUUUCUCUCUCACUUCAGCAUGUUAAACAGAACACAGCACAACUUCAUCAUUGAUAAUUUGUUCUCAUCACUUUGAAUGUACAAUCAAACUAAUAAUCAUGAUAAUAAUCAUUUAUUAUGUUCUUGUACAUUCUGGGUUAAACUAACUGAUUGUGUGGAUGAAGUGGAU